CUUUGCUGGCCGUCGUAAAAGAUGCCAUCCAUCAGGCAUUCGACGCUCCACAUCGGCAACUGGGCGAUGACCUGGCUGCAGGCCUUCCUCACUGCCGUCUCGCACAACCGGCCUUUCCAUCGCCCGCUCGGCCGGCACGAAUCGCAGGUCGCCGGCGCCAGCUUCCUGCGAUGCCUGCCCGGUGUGGGCUCGCCAUUUGACACGCCAAGGGAGGCGGCUAUGCCACGCGUGCCGUCAGCGCGCCUGAUGUCGACAAACGUAUUGAGUGGCAGCGGCUGCUGCGAGUCGGAUCAACAAUACCGCAGUUUACUGCGGAUGCAAAAAAUCGGUGCGUGGGCCAUGCAGCGUGCGCUCGAGUGCUACAACCGCACCCGUGUGCCUGCGGCUGCGCAGGCGGCGAUCCUUCACUUUCGCUGCUCGGACGCGCCCUUCAGCCGCCACACGGCCUACCACUUUUUGCGCUACUCGGGCUGGCGGCUGCAGAUUGACCGCCUGCUCGCCGCGGGCAAGCUGCAGGCGGGUGAUGCGCUGCACGUGGUCGGCUGCUUUCACCACGAGUCGGAGACGUUUUGGGAGGCGGCGUACGCAACGCGCUUCUCGGUCGAGGCCCAGUGCCGCGCAUACGCGGAGCACCUCGUGCGCCACCUCGCAAACUCGACUCCGCUCGCGCCCUCGCUGCACGAAUGCGAGCACGGCAUGGUGGACGAGUUUGUCGCGAUGCUGCGCGCACCGGCGGUCCUCUCCGCCGCCAGCUCGAUGUCCUUCGUCGCAGGCUACUUUGGCCGUGCGGGCACCUCGGGCGCCUUCCAAGCGGCCAGCCUUCUGGUCGAGGCGAGGAGCGGGCUGGCCGCAACCUCGAGCUGCAAGAACAAGCCGACCUGCCCCGAGGCUGCCACGGCCCUGUCGGGGCCGGCCGGGCAGCUUCCGCCUAACGUCUCGGGCGUCGUGGUGACCAGCGCCGGCGGCGCGGGCACCACCUCCCUCCUGCUCGCCCUCCGGCUCGCCGGGCUGCCGACCAACACAGUCGACGGGAGUGACGGCCUCAAGCACAUGCGCGCGGCGAGGAGCGGGGUCCGCCUACGCCGCGCGCCGCUCCCUCUCGGCACGCGGCCGCUGCUCCUCUUUCUGUACGACGACCCGGUCCGCGCCACUCUCUCCUUUGCGCGCCGCGGCUGGGCCAACUUCCAGGCCUUUCGCCUCGAGGCGGGCGGCGCCCGGUUUCCAAAGCCGCUGCAGAACCACCGCUGCGUCGCCGCCGCGAAGCGUGAGUUCAUCGACGACCAGAGGCGGCGGCGCGAGGCGGAGCCGUCCACCUCCGCCGGCAGCGAGAGCGGGCGCGGCAGCUCGGAGGCGGGCGAGGCUUCCCUGAGCCUCGGAGGCCAUUUCGUAGGCAACGAGAGCGUGCGCAGCUGCUCAGAGACAGUGGCGCUGCGCGGGCUCAGCUCGCCGGGCGCGGCGGAGGAUUGGAUCGGGCUCGAGCGCCACUGGGACGAGUGGGUGGCGGCGGCGUGCGCGGGCCGGCUGCGCGGCAGCGGAGGAGGGCCGCCGCUCGGCGCCGUCUUUGCGCGGAGCAGCUCGUUGUGGGCGCGCGCGGCGGAGCUCGAGGCGCUGGUUGGUUGCACGGCCGGCACCCUGCCGCCGGGUUUGCGGCGUCCGCGGGCGGCGCCUCCCUUCCCGGUGGGCGACGGCAGCGCGGCAUCACUCGCCGCCGUCGCCGCGCUCAACGCCACGUUCGCCUCGCUCCGAGGCAAGCAGGCGGCGCUGGGCGACAUCGUGCUUCUCGGCCCGGGGAAUGCGUCGGCGGCGGCCUGCCGCGCCGCGCUCGCAGGAGCCGGGGCGCCACCGCCACAGCGCCGCCUCGCGCCGCCGCAACCGGCCGCCGCUCGACGUUUGCGCAGCGCGUCGCCCAGCCCGCCGCCCUCGCCCGGCCCGCACGCCACCGGCCAGCUCGAGGGGCGCGGCGCCGUCUGUUUGGUUGGGUUCCUCCGGACGUUUGCUUCGCCGCCCGUGUACGUGGGCAUCGCCAGGGCCGCACGCGCGCUGGGCGACGUCGAUGUCUUUGCGGUCGUCGCCAAUGGGGCCGGCGACACCGCCAAAGGGCAGGCCGGGGCGGUGCCAUCCGAGCAGGUUGCCGCGGCGCGGGCGCACUUGCAGCCCAGGGAGUGGGUCACUGCGCAGCCAGAGAUGGCUCUGCCAGCCGCGUGCCCUAACUGCCUCGGCCAGCUGGCCAAGUUUGAGCAGUGCAUGGCGCUCGUGCGGUCGGCGGAGCGUCGGGACGGCGGCCGCUACACGUGGGUGGUCAAGAUGCGGCCGGAUUGCGUCCCCUGUGGCGACGUGCCGCCCGUCGCCAGCUUGCGGCGGCCCGCAGACAACGUGGCGCUCGCCGCGGGCGGCGACUUGUUUGUGCUCUACCCACGCCCACUGGCGGAGGCCGUCGCGAGCGGCUGGCGGCGGGUGGACUGCCGGCGGCACCACCGUGUGUUUGGCGGCAACCUUACGGGGUGCAACCACGUCGCAGAGGCGGCGCUCCGCGCCGCCGGAGGGCAGUCGCGGACCACGGGCCAGUUUGACUGCGACAUUGUGCGCACCGCGGAGGGAGCCCGCUCCAUGUUUCAGUUUGGAAAGUACGCCCUCCACGGCGCGCUGUGGGGCGACGUGGAGGGGUGGACGCCCAACCGGACCCUGUACAAGGGAUCCGGCGUCGUCGCGGCGACGGCUACGCGCUUCUGCGGCAGGGAGUGGGGCGGGAGGUACGUGUCAGCCCGCAGUACAUUCACAUAG